AAAAUGUCAUUUCAUUGAAUUGAAGAGCUGUCAAGAAAUUUUACAGCUCUGAAUUCCAAUUUUUCCUUCAAUAUUUUAAGUUUUUAAAAUACACUUAUAAUAAUUUAAAGUUUAUAAUAAUGGCGGAACUGCUCUUAGAUCCAAAAAUUAGGUUAUGGGUGUUCCUUCCCAUCGUUAUCAUCACUUUUUUGGUUGGUAUUGUGAGGCACUAUGUUUCUAUCAUUCUAUCCUCGCAGAAGAAAAUUGAGCUUCUGCAGGUCCAAGACAGUCAAGUGAUGAUUCGCGCUCGUUUGCUACGUGAAAAUGGGAAGUAUAUCCCUCGGCAGUCGUUUGCGAUGCGCCGUCAUUGGUUCAACAAUGAAGAAACUGGAUACUUCAAGGUUCAGAAGAGAGCUGCAGCUUCUCAGAAUCCCAUGACUGACCCUGGCAUGAUGACUGACAUGUUGAAAGGCAAUGUGACCAAUGUGUUGCCUAUGAUUGUCAUUGGAGGCUGGAUCAACUGGAUGUUCAGUGGUUUCCUAACCACCAAGGUGCCGUUCCCAUUAACACUCCGUUUCAAGCCAAUGUUGCAGCGAGGAGUAGAACUGGCUUACCUGGAUGCAUCUUGGGUGUCCUCUGCUUCGUGGUACUUCCUUAACGUCUUCGGUUUACGCACCAUCUACGCUUUAGUUUUAGGAGAGAACAAUGCUGCAGACCAGUCUAAAAUAAUGCAAGAACAAAUGUCUGGUGCUGCUAUGGCGAUGCCCCAAGACCCAAAAGCUGCAUUCAAAGCUGAAUGGGAAGCUUUAGAGAUCACAGAGCACCGGUGGGCAGUGGCUAAUGCAGAGAUAGAUGUACUCAGUAUAUUAGAUGACCAUCAACAUGAACCACAACAAUAAAUUAGUAUAAUUGUUUAUAAUAUAAUCAUAAUAUAUUCUACAUAGAAUAAUUUAUAGUUAAAUGUAAGAUUAAGGUAAGGUGUGUGCAUAUUUGGUGUUUACGGAAUAAAUGACUUCUUGUUAUUGACCAUUUCGGUCCUAUUUAUUUAGAAAAAAACUAUGUUCAUCCAAUCACCUUGUUUAAGUUAUUUAAAAAUAAUAAUAAACAACAUUGCAUUUAGAAAA